GGGUUCAUACAUGCCCGGACCAAGAAGAAACGCAAGAACAGGCGCGCGUUGCUCGUCUCAGCGGCAGAUGCGUAUGCGCGUACUAGAGACGAGCUCGCUGCCGAUGAUUGCCUGCUUGGAUGUCUGUUUGAACAAACAUACAUUCAAGCCGACCCGUGUUUUAUGCCUGGGCCUGGGUUCACCGAGCUCGUCGCGCGACGCCCGAGCACAGCUUGCGUACUUGAUGCAUACUGUUAAAUGGCUAGAGAUAGAGCACAGUCGGGUAACGGUGUGCGAUCCCGUGUUCACCGACGACGAUCGGGCCCUGUUCGAUGAAACCGGGAUUAUCCAUAUUCAGCCUACGGAAUUGGAGCACGAGCUCGCCUUGAACCAACCGACUCUAUUGUACAUGCCCCAUUGCGACCGGGAUCUAUACGAGCGAGUCUAUGCAUCCAAUCGAAGCAAACGAGAACUCGGGAACCUAUUGCUGAUAGGUAAUGAACUGGAAGCUUACGCUACAGCAGGAAGCAAGAAAGAGCUGGAGCAGAAAGCCCAGCAGAUCUUGAAGAUAUUGCCAUACCUAUCGUCAUACCUUCUUCCACGCAGCGAUGCGUUUUAUACAGCCUUCCAGGGUACGUCGGUACAAAUAGUGUCCGUAGACGCUGCUCCUCCCGAGUUUUGGGAGCACGAAGAACCCGAGAAGAUCGACUCCGUGGAGGCACAGGUCGAUGCGCACACCGUGUAGAACGUUUUUGUGUAUGC